AGAGUUUCAUCCUUUUUCACAGCAUGUUGAAGUUCUGUCUCCAAUGGACAAACGCAGGCGCCUGGAACAGAUAUUGAGAUCUCAAGAACCUGGUUCAAAGAUAAUAAUUUUCUGCUCUACAAAGAAAAUGUGUGACCAGCUAGCAGGUACUCUGACCCGGCAAUUCGGAGCCGCUGCUAUUCAUGGAGAUAAAUCUCAGGGCGAGAGGGAUUAUGUGCUGAAUCAGUUUCGCACUGGAAGAUCCCCUGUGCUUGUGGCCACUGACGUUGCUGCCCGUGGUCUGGACAUUAAGGAUAUAAGGGUGGUUUUGAACUAUGACUUCCCUACAGGAGUUGAGGACUAUGUUCACAGAAUCGGCAGAACUGGCCGGGCUGGUGCCACUGGUGUGGCAUACACUUUCUUCUGUGAGCAGGAUGCGAAACAUGCUUCAGAGCUUAUCAAACUCUUGGAAGGUGCUAGUCAGCGUGUGCCCAGCGAACUCCGUGACAUGGCCUCACGUGGUGGUGGAAUGGGGAGAACAAGACGUCAGUGGGGCUCAGGCCCUGGUGGGCGUGAUGGAGGUCGUGGCGGUGGUCGUUUCGGUUCUUCUCAAAGUGGACGGGAUGGGGGAAGAGGUGGUUGGGGAAUGCCAUCAUCCCAGGAUAGGGCCGGUGGCCGUGAUAGACAUGUCAAUGGAUUCUCUAACGGAUACGAUACAAAUGGCACUGGAAGCUUCCAUCAGAGGAGCUUCCAUGAGAACACGGUCACUGCUCCAAAGAGUAGAGGCAGAAGUCGUAGCAGAAGCCCCAGAAGGAUUUCAGGAUGGGGGGAAAAGCCUCGAAGCCGCAGUCGUAGCAUGGAGAGAUUUCCAUCCAAGAGCAGUCGGCCCUCUUCUUAUGGUAACAAGGAUUACAAGUAAUUAUAAGAAAACCUUAAAAUCUCCAAAUUCGAGGAUCAGUUUGCUAUAUAGUGUUUGUAGGUGGUGUGGCGAUGGAGAGUGAUCUAAUCUGAUUUAUUAGUAAUUAAUGCAAUACACUUUCUCCCUUUGAAAUGUCCAGUAAAGAGAACGUUUAGGGUUGGCCAAUUUUGCCACAAUUUGUGUUGUGUACUGAUAAUAUUAAUAUUUUUAGACUGCAAUUCUAUUCCAAUAUAUUCUUAUC